AGGUCAAAGCACCUCAAGGUAGACCAGGGCCUCCUGGGUCACCUGGAAAGGAAGGCCUUCCAGGACGACUUGGCCCUCCAGGAGAACCUGGCAGACCCGGGCAACCAGGUUCAGAAGGUCCGUUGGGACCUAUGGGACCAAAAGGUGACAGAGGGGAGAAAGGAGAGAAGGGAGAUGCUGGCAUUGGCCAGAGGGGUGAAACUGGUCCGCCUGGAGUGGCAG